AUGCGCAUGCAUCAGCUUGCAAUAGAAAUCGUCAGUGAUGGAACAACAACGGGUGAUGUUGAUUCCGAAGUACCCGACGAUCACACACGCACAAUUGUGCUAAAGAAGAAAGGGGCUGGUGGCCUGGGCCUGUCCAUAAAGGGUGGCGCAGAAAAUGCUCAAAAAAUGCCCAUUGUUAUAUCGAAGAUAUUCCCAGGAAUGCCAGCCGACAAGUCAGGUCAACUGUAUGUUGGUGACGCAAUUGUGGAAAUCAAUGGUGAGCCGGUGGAGGGCCGUUCGCACGAUGAGUCCGCAAUGAAAGCGCAGUCCGAUCUUGUGAUAUACAAUGGAAAAGAGAAGUCAUCAGGCGCCGACGGCAAAGACGAGAAAUGGAAAACAAUCACGGUCAUUCCCCUACCCAUGGCAUACCUCACUCGGUAUCUCUGGGGUACGGACAACAUCAGGUCUGGAUGA